AUGGACCCUUCAUCACCCUCGGAGCGCUCCGCGCCCAACUCGCCCUCCAACCCGCCCGGGUCCAGCACGCUCAGCCGUCGUCCCCGCCAAGACCCACAACCUGAAUCUGACUCUCCAAACAGGGGAGACGGGCCGAUACCUGACGAUGACCAUGGCGCCAACUUGCCAAUGAACAUGACCGCCUCGGUGAUGCUGACAGGCCUUCCCCGCGAUGCGCAUCAGGCGUUAGCCGACGUGGAAGCUAUCGAUGCUGGUAAAGUCACCGUGCGCUUCCAGCCGCUGCCAUCGGCCCCGAUACUGAAGAAUCGGGUAUUCAAGAUCAGCGCAUCACAAAAGUUCGAAACUGUGGUCAAAUUCCUCAGAAAGAAGCUAGACUCUAAAGAUACCGACUCGGUCUUCUGUUACGUUAACAGUGUAUUCGCCCCGGGCCUAGACGAGGGCGUCGGCGGAUUAUGGCGAUGCUUCAAAACAGAUGACCAAUUGAUUGUCGCUUACUCAAUGACGCCGGCGUUCGGCUGA